UUGAACUGCUGAUGACCCUUAUCAAUCAAAGGCACGUGCGCUCCUCCCCGGAACAAUUGUUGCAUGUUUCAUGUUUCCGGGGAAGGUUUUCAGCGUCGUACCGGAUUUUUAGAUUUGCGCACCAUCUCAGAGUGGUGUUUAUUUUGUGGGUUUUCAACUUAUCAGUUCGUUUCAGAAUGAGUGAAACUACGGAAAAACAACAAAGUUACGAGGAGAUGUUCGCAAACAGAUUUACAUCAGAGGACCCUGAGUACCAGGAGUACGUGAAACGACCUGCUGACCCCCCUCCUAUCGUGGAGGACUGGAGGGGCCGUGGAGGUGGAAACCAUAGAGGAAGAGACAGGAGGUACCAGGACCGUCGAGGUUGGGGUCGAGACCGCUAUGGCGGAGGAGGGUAUCACAGGCAGCAGCACUGGCAAGGCGGGGACCAGUAUGAGAGCCAUGGUAGUGGGUCUCAACCAAAUUACCAUCAAGAAAAUUCCUCCCGUUAUCAGAGGCCACAUUAUGACCGAUACUGAUCUCUACUAUAUCCUCACUCCUGCUGACAAUAUUUAUAGUAUUUUAUCAUUUGCCAUUUUGCAAAUGCUGUAUUCAUAAUAUUCAUAUGGUCGUGCUCUAUACAAUGUAUCAGAAAUGUUUAAUACUUGAUAAUUUGUCUAUGGCACACAACUCAAUUGAUUGCAGUAUUUCAUUUCCAGCCUGAUCCAUUCAGUUGUUCAGUUUACUAAAAUAAUUGACAUAUUUUCUAUAGAGGGAUGAUUACACAAUAAAAUG